AUAUUUUCUUCAUAAAUUAAAGUAUUCGAAUCUUCGGAUGAUAUAAAAAUAGCUUAAACAUAUUGAUAACGUUGGAUAUUAUACUAUGUGAUGUUAUGGAAUGUGUGUAAAUUCUUGUUUCAGUCACAAAUUUGUGAAAAUGAAAUUAUUGGAAUAUUUCAUUCUAUAAAAUUGAUUAUAUUUAUAAAUAAUUAAUAUUCUAUUGCAAACGUGUUCUUCCCGCUCUCUUUAUCACGUGAUAAAAGUGGCUCUGAAGAUGAACUUGCUCAUGUACACAAGUUGUGCAGACGUGCGGCUGCGGAUGUGAAUCUGUGUGAUCGUUGUAGUGUAGAUGUAAUACUGUAAAAUGGCUGACAAAGACGAAAAUGAGAAAACCAUUGCAGAAGACUUGGUUGUUACCAAGUAUAAAAUGGCUGGUGAAAUUGUUAACCGUGUUCUAGUGAAGGUUCUUGAAAAAUGUGAAGUUGGUGCUUCCGUGAAAGAGAUUUGUCUAUUUGGUGAUGAUCUACUACUCGAAGAAACGGGAAAAGUCUUCAAGCGUGAAAAAGAACUGAAGAAAGGAAUUGCUUUCCCAACGUGUGUAUCGGUUAAUAACUGUAUCUGUCAUUAUUCACCCCUCCGAUCCCAAGCGGACUAUGUCAUAAAAGAAGACGACGUAGUCAAAGUUGACCUCGGUGCUCACGUGGAUGGAUUCAUAGCGGUGGUAGCUCACACGAAGAUCAUUGGUGCUUCGGCCGAUAAGAAGGUGACUGGCAGGAAGGCGGAUGCCAUGUUGGCAGCUCACUACGCAGCACAAGCGGCGCUCAAACUUCUUAAGCCUGGCAAUGAAGCCUACUCGAUAACUAACGCAGUUCAAAGCGUUUGCGACGACUUCAAAUGCAAGCCGGUCGAGGGUAUGUUGAGUCAUCAGCUAAAACAAUUCAAAAUUGACGGCGAGAAGACUAUCAUUCAGAACCCGACCGAAGCGCAGAAGAAAGAACACGAAAAACACGAGUUUGCCGUACACGAGGUUUAUGCGAUGGAUGUCUUGGUCAGCACAGGAGAAGGAGUGGGUAAGGAAGCCGAUACGAAAGUGUCCGUCUACAAGAAAACGGACGAAACGUACCAACUGAAAUUGAAGGCAUCUAGAAUGUUCUAUUCGGAAGUUUGCCACAAGUACGGCACAAUGCCUUUCAACUUGCGCAACUUUGAAGAAGAGACGAAAGCCAAGAUGGGUGUUGGCGAGUGUGUCAAAUACAAACUCAUAGAACCGUUCCAAGUACUCUACGAAAAACCGAGUGAAUUUGUUGUUCACUUCAAGUUCACAGUUCUGUUAAUGCCUAAUAAGCCACACAAAAUUACCGGUCUCGAUUUUACUCCAGAAUUGUAUCAAUCAGAGCAUUCUGUCAGUAAUCAGGAAAUGAAGACACUACUUUGCUGUCCAACAACAAACCCCAAAUCCGCUAAAAAGAAAAAGAAGAAGACAAAUAAAUCCGGCGAUGAUGACAAAAAUGAAGAAGUCAAUGAUGUGGCUAAUCGUGUUAAUGAUGUUAAAAUAUGAGUUUCAAAUUUAUGACAAGAAUAUAGCUGAGAGAAAUUUUAGUCAGAUCAGGGGCGCUCCAUUUUGAAAGAGAAAUAUACACAGCAUAUAUGAGUGAUAAGCUUUUGAGACUAUCAUCGAAUGAUAUUGAUUGUAAUUGCAAGAAUCAAGACACGUAAGGCUUGAGGUUUGCACUGUUGGAUGUUCAGUUAGCAAUUAACAUGAUUCCAUGUUUAUUCUAAGAUGCCAUUAAGAUAAGGUUCAAUCCAUGUUAGAAUAAUAUCCAUUUAAUCGCGAUAGACAUGGUGUAAUACUUGGCUCAGAAAAUAACACAAUGAUAUUGUUCGAGAUCAUAAACGUUGACUUUUCUAAUAAGCGUAAGUGACUUUUCAAUCUAACACUUGAUGACCACUAGCACUUGGAAAUUUGACUCGGUCAACAACUUUCCUUGUACGGUAAUACUCAUUCAUUUUCAUCAUUAUUCAUGUUUAGUUCAAAUCAAAAUUUGAACCAUUCAAACUUCUCCAGGAAGAGUACUUUUUAUUUUAUUUUUGGGGUUCUUUAAGGGAUACCUAGAUUCUUAGAAGAUUUGAUUGAAGAAUCAAUCUUUUUUUUUUGCUUAUAUAGAAUUUCUUAGAUCUUUCCAAUAGUUCUAAACUUGCUUAUUUCUCGUAGUAUUUUUUCCAAAUUAAUAGAAUUAUAAUUUGGAAUCUUGAUUUCUAGUUACACUUUUGUUGUAUCUCUGCAUAAUCAAUGUUGAGGAAUCUGAAAAUCUAUUUCUUUAUAGAAACCUGUUUUUGUCAUUUCAGAAAUACUAAUCAUUUCAUAUUCACUAAUCUUUUGAAAUGUGCAUACAUGUGUAAACUGCACAAUAAUUUGCUUUUAAUGAACGAGUCUAUUAAUAUAAAAUUGUUUUAUAAUUGUCAAUGUACGAACCUGUGCCUUUAAUCUCUCAAAAUCAGAUUUUAGUUAUUUUUAUAAUUUCAUUUUAAACCUAUUUUAAUAGUGUAGGAUAAGUUUCAAGAGUAUUGCAAUUUACUGUACUACUUAAUUGGGGUUUUACUGUUUUUUUCACAUUUUCUCUCCAAUCUAAAUGUUGGAUUUUAACAUUGUAAAAUUAAUGCUCAUAGUGCUGCAUAGAAUUGAGUAUCUUUUGAAUGGAAGAAAUUAUGUUUGGAAAAACA